UGCGUUUUCUGCCUUCAGUUGGUGUAUCGGUGUUCCUGUUUUUAAUUUUAAAAAAUCUGUCUUCUCGCAGAAUUUGUUUACCUCGUCAAUCUCAGCAGUUUUGGACAUCAUAUAAGAUUUCGUAUGCACAUCAAAAACACUGGAUGCAAUGGCUUACUCCUUGAACAACGGGUGUCUCUGUAGUGCAUUUGACGCUUCGAAACACACACUACGUUUCAGCACAUCUCAUUAUAAUAUGACGUUUCGCUAAAAUAUUUUAAAAUAACGUCAUAUUGGAAAGUACAGGUCUUUUUCGUAUAUACUAUUUAUGAUUACAUGCAUUACUUCCUUGUUUACAUCAUUCUUGUUUGUGAUUGGUCAACUCGAAACAUUGGGGAAAAAGUGCGCUUGAUUUUCCACACACACCGAACUGACGAAAGUCACCGCUCAGCAAGCAACACAUUGCGUUUAUAUUAAAGAUCGGGGAGCGACGACUGGAAAAGCCGAUCGCACGUAUACAAACGCAGUUUCGAUGAAAUACUCAACUUCCCAACAGUACUUUCGAUUUGUCGCCAGUUCGUAGUUGUAAUCAUGCCCUGAGGGAGUGGGAGCUGCUGCCAAACACACCUUGUGAUUGUCGUCGUCCAGCAUCCACCAAGACCCGACGAACAUCAACACCGGUCAUAAAAAUGCGCUGUAGUGCCGGUUGACUGCAGCUGCUCGAGCGAUGGCAGAAUUAAGGAUGUCUCUGCCAUUGGCUGUCAUGGUGGCGGUCUCUGUGCUGGAGCUCGGAGUGACCCACGCUGGACCGGAGCUGGACCCAUACAAAACCUUGGGCGUCACUCGAAGUGCAAGCCAGGUUGAGAUUAAGAAAGUUUACAAGCGUCUCGCUAGAGAAUGGCAUCCUGACAAAAACAAAAAUCCGGGAGCUGAGGAUAUGUUUAUCAGGAUUACCAAAUCAUACGAGAUUCUAUCCAGUGAGGACAAACGCGCCAACUACGACCGUUACGGCCAGACGGAUGACACCCAGCCGUAUGGCAGCGGUCGCUAUAGCGGCCACCGCCACGACACCUUCAACUUCGAUGAGUCCUUCUUCAACUUCCCAUUCCACAGCAAGAACCAGGGGGAGUUUUCCGACAGCAAGCACUCGCUGCGCUUUAAUCAGUAUGUCAACGAUGUGGUGCCCGACAGCUUCAGAAAACCGUACCUGAUCAAGAUCACCUCCGACUGGUGCUUCAAUUGCAUCCACAUCGAGCCUGUGUGGAAGGAGGUGGUGCAGGAAAUGGAGAUGCUAGGUGUCGGAAUCGGCGUGGUGGAUGUUGGAUAUGAGAGACGGUUAGCCAAUCACCUCGGCGCUCAUCGCACGCCGUCGAUACUCGGAGUCAUUAAUGGCAAAGUGACGUUCUUCCAUUACGCCGUAGCAAAGGAGCAUUUGAGGCAGUUUGUGGAAGACCUUCUUCCCCAAAAACUCGUGGAUUGGGUCAGCGACAAGAACGACAAGCAAUUCUUGAGCAGCUGGCAUGAAGUCAACAAGCCACACGUGCUCCUGUUUGACCAAGUGCCUGUCGUUCCCUUACUCUAUAAACUGACGGCGUUUGCGUACAAGGACUACAUGCAGUUUGGCUAUGUGGACCAGGGCCUUUCAGAGACGGCCCAUCUGCAGAGACAGUUCAAUAUCAACAGCUACGCCCCGACCGUGCUGGUUUUCAAAGAGAACACGGAUAACCCAGCUGACAUCUUACAGACAAAAGGAAUGAAAAAGCAGCUCAUCGACGAAUUUAUGUCAAACAACAAAUUUCUCCUGGCACCGAGGCUGGUGAACCAGAAGCUCUUUGACGAGCUGUGCCCCGUCAAGCAGUUCCACAGGCGAAGGAAAUACUGCGUGCUGCUGAUCACAGGCAGCGACGAGAGCUUUUCUUCGGGCAACCGGGCCUUUCUGUCUUUCGCCUCAAGCAACACCAAGGAAGUUGUGAGAUUUGCUUACGUCUACCAACAACUGCAGCAACCGCUCUGUAACAUCCUGAUGACCGGCAAGGACGGCACAAAGGCACCGCCGCCACCGCAGGUGGUAAUCCUGGAGAGGCGCAACGCUGCUGGGAAGGCCUUUUUCAAGCCAGUGACUCCGUGGAACGGCAGUGAAGAAGACAAGCGGCGCCUCGUGGAGGAGUUGGAGCGUCUCCAGAAGGACCCGUCCAUUCUGGUCCACGAUGCCAUGCUUCCCGAGCUCAACAACGAGUUUGCAUCCAUGUUUGUUAUCCAGUGGCUCUAUGCAAUUUAUGAUUACCUCUCCGAAGUCAUCGAUGACAUUCUGCACAACAACUGGCGUGAGAUGAUGCCUUUGCUGUCCCUCAUCUUUUCUGCCUUAUUCAUCCUCUUUGGAACUGUGGUCGUCCAAGCCUUCAGUGACUCAAGUGACGAAAACUCCCCCAAAACAAAAGUAAAAGAUGGAACGAAAACAGAAAAUGGAUCGCCAGGGAGCGGCGGUCCAUCAAGUCGGCCUCCCAAGAAGAACUUUGUGGAGGUGACCGAGUUGACUGACAUCACCUAUAUAAGCAACCUGGUGAGGCUGAGGCCAGGACACAUGAACAUUGUUCUUGUGCUCGCUGAUGCCUCGAAGAACGUUCUGCUCAGCAAGUUUGCCAAAGAGGUCUACUCUUUCACGGGGAGCCCGACCCUGCAUUUCUCCUUCCUGAAUACGGACAAACACAGCGAGUGGAUGCGCACGCUGCUAGAAAGCGUACAGGACGCCGCUCAGGUCUACACAAGCGAGGACGACGAGGCAAACGCCAGUAUGGACUACACCGGCUACGUGCUGGCACUCAACGGCCACAAAAAGUACUUCUGUCUGUUUAAGCCCGUCUACACCGGGGAAGACCCAGAUAGCAAAACGUCAGAGGACGAAGCGGCGGCGGCAUCGGGGAGGAGGUCGAGGGCGGCGUCUCGUGACGAUCACCCUCCGCGCAAAUCGGCGCGCUCACGCAGCACGUCCACGCUCCAGAUCCACCACAAGCUGGACCGCUUGGGCUUGUGGAUGGAAAGGCUCAUGGAAGGCACCUUGCCUCGAUACUACAUCCUCGCCUGGCCAGGACUCCACAAGAUCACUGCCAGUCAAUAAACAGGAGGGGGGGGGGGGGCGAGCAGGUUAAGAGGAGUUGAAGAGUGCGCGUUGAAAAGGCUGCUUGAAUGUUGUUUGGUUUUGUCUUGCACUUUUUGAGUUACGAGCCGGGGGUGGGGGUGUCCAAACCUUUUCUUCUAUGGACCGCAUGCAGAAAAAUGAAAACAUGAGAGCACCAUUUGACGUUGCACCUUAAUUUUUUUUUUUUAAUGCAAAAAAACAACCCACUCUUGCAGGUAAAGAAGGGCAGUAUAUAUUAUUCGGUGUAUAUAAAAAGUCGACACAACCCUGUUUAAAUGCCAUAUUAAAAAAAAAAUAGACCCAAAUAUUUUUUUCAUGUUGUUUCCACCAUUACUGUGACGUACAACCUGCAAAACUCAAUUUGAGAAGAAAAUAUUUUCAAGGGGGAAGUGAAAAUAAACAACGGGUAUGGUGUUGGUUGCAUACGUGUGUACCCCGUCUAACUUGGAUAUGGGUGUUUUCAGAAUUAACCAGUUACAACGAUUUAGCUUGGUCUCAUACUUUAAAGAAGAAAAACAUCGCUUUCAGCGUGUGAAAAUUUAUUAGAUACUUUGGGGCCUGGUGAUGAGGCAAAAAGUCAAGUUCUUCGUUCUCUUCUUGUCCUUGUAAAUCAACUUUUCCAAUUGAAAUGAAUGGAAAUGCAAUUAAUCCAUUCCAGUCCCCUCAAAACAUUUUUUGUCUUUUCCUUAAAAAUGCCAUUUAAAAUAUUUUAUUGCAAGACAUUUAAUUAGAAAAAUAAUAAAGCCAAAAUACCUGCACAAAAACAUAGAAAAGGCAAUUUAGCCUCAUAUACUCUCGAUUUUUUAAAAAUUCCGGAUGCAACAAACCUCCAAUUAAAGCCCAUUUUGGUUCAUCCGCAGCAUUCUAAUAAGUUUUUUAAAACUGAUGGCAGGAUUUUGUGAAACCGUCUUGUGGCACAGUACCAAAUGCCAACUCGGAGGAUCCUGCUCUUUAACCGCGCGAUGGCUUUUAAUUUGAAAAACCCAUCACCUGGGAUAUUGACAAGUCAAGGUGCCACAAUAUAUUUUGCGUGCUGCUAAAAAAAACAGACACCGGGUCUGACAUGGCUCCUGGGCCGUAGUUUGGACACCUCUGUUUAACAGGCAUGCAAUUUCAUUCAGCCACAUGCUGCUCCUGCGGCUACUUAUUGCUGUUCUGGCCUUGAACAACAUUGCGACCAGGCUGGCUCUUCAGUCUUGACCGGUUCUCUUCACUAAUUCAUACUGGCACACGAUGAAUAUUAAUGCAUGUUUUGUCUUUGUUCAAAAAAAAGAUUAUUACUCUGUGUGAUGACUGACUCAUGUAAUACUGCGUACUACUGUUGUGUUGUUACUACUUUCUAUCGGACCUCAGCCCAGUUUUUCCUUUGGGAUGGAAAGACUGUUUUUAUUUCAUGGAGUGUCAAAUUGUUUUGGAUUUGGCUGUGUUAGUUCUGUAGCAACCAAAACCCACAAGUAGCUUCAUGUAGCCCAAUUAAAUUUUGUAGUUACAUCGUGCUUGCUUGUUUUUUUUUCUUUAUUCUGGCACUUGGAAUAAGGUCAAGAUUUAACUGUGAAAAAUAUCUAUAUCGUAUAUUUGCAGAUUGUAUCGGUUUCAUUAACUGUUGUGCAAUGGUUGCUUCUGUAUGUUCACCAGUGAAGUUAUCUUUUUGUGAGGUGGUCGGGGAAUAAAAUAAAUUAUUGUUUUUAA